AUGGCGCUACCACAGAAAAAAUUUUAUCGACAACGGGCGCAUUCUAACCCUAUUGCAGAUCAUUGUUUUGAAUAUCCAGCUCAUCCGGAUGAUUAUGACUGGUCAGAACUGUAUCCUGUGGUUAAAAAUCAAGAAUGGAAAGACAAAUGUGUAGAUUUUUUAGAUGUGGGUUGUGGAUAUGGUGGUCUAUUAGUGACAUUAUCCCCUUUAUUUCCUAAUAAUUUAAUACUGGGAUUAGAGAUACGAGUUAAAGUAUCUGAUUAUGUGAAUGAUAGAAUUCAAGCACUAAGAAUUCAACAUCCAGAAAAAUAUCAGAAUAUAGCGGUCUUGAGAACAAAUGCUAUGAAAUAUUUGCCAAAUUUUUUUUACAAAGGACAGUUGAAAAAAAUGUUCUUUUUAUAUCCGGAUCCACAUUUUAAGAAAGCUAAGCAUAAAUGGAGAAUAAUAAAUAAAUGGCUACUUUCCGAAUAUGCUUAUGUUCUUGCUGAGGAGGGUAUUGUCUAUACUAUAACAGAUGUGAAAGAUCUUCAUGAGUGGAUGGUAAACCAUUUUGUUGACCAUCCAUUAUUUGAGAAGAUACCUGAUGCAGAAUUGAAAUCUGAUAUAAUCGUUGACAAGCUAUAUGAAAGUACAGAGGAAGGGCAAAAAGUGACUAGAAAUAAUGGUGCAAAAUAUGUUGCAGUUUUCAAGAGAAUUUCUGAUGGCUGCAAAAACGAU